GGGUAUAUAGGACCAUGGUAUGACUGGUCUUGCGGCAGAUCAUUGCAACUCAUGGUCUGUUCCAGCACUCCCGUAUCUCUGAUCGACAACACAUGUGUACCGACCUAUGCCUGUUCUCAGACCGACCUCGUAAGCCUGACUCCCUUGACACUCCUGCCUUCCCUGAUCGAUCUCCCAUGUACCGACUCGUGCCUGCACGCGAACCUGCUCUCUACGUCUGACGUCCUGACUACCGCUGCUGCACCUGACUGCCUGCCCGAACCCCAACUGUCGAACAAUAAACGUUUUUCCCGAAUUACCCCUGCGUCUCCCGAAUCCUGCAUUUGGGUCCUACCUCCGUCUCGAUGGGUCGUGACAGAACGAUCUGGCCAAAACAGGACCCACCAGGAAAGACCCCGUGCCGCCGGGACCAACGCAAGGUAGACCGACUGCUGGAGGACCAAGCCUGUCCGAUCCGGGUAGGCUCCAUGACGUCCUCUGCUUCCGUGUCACACGCUCCGCCGGCGAGCUAUGAAUACGUCCCAACCAUGACCCGUCCAGCACCUCAUAUUCUUUUGGACUCUGAUUUUUCAGACUAUGAGGAGGACCUUGAUUUGUAUGACCGGCUGGCUGACUACGACUCAGAUUAUUUCAAUUAUGAAUCUCUUCGCCUGAUCGUUAAUCACAGUCAGUUUGUUUCACCUCCCCGCGUCUCCAGAUCCCAAGUGUCGUCGCCCGGUAGGUCCAAGUUCCCCAAUCCGUUUGUGGGAACCCGCUUGGCCAUCUACCCGGGACCUCCGCGUGGCGGCCAGAGGAGACGCACAGGCCGGCCGCGCCCUUGUGCCUCCUGCUGCACGGCAACAAAGACGCCGUCCUCGUCCACCCACUCCUCACGGUUAAACCGGCAGACCCGCAGCUGGUGGCGAAGCUUCCAGCCCAGAGGGAGGAGGGGCCGCUAAAUCACGUGGUGUUCUACAGUGAAAUGCGGGCGGAGAUAGAGCGGCAGAGCGCCGAACUGGCGGUCCUCACAGCCCAGUUGCAACUGAUCCGCUACCAAGGCAAGCGCACGUUGCAGUGGGAACGGAUCCACCACCUCGCCACGCCCACGCCGCAGAUUUGGCUGUUUCACUGCAGGCUCACGCUGCGGUGGCCACUGAUCCGCUACCGGGCCAAGUGCACGUUGCAGUGGGAACGGAUCCGCCACGCCCACGUCGUGGUUAUGGCUGUUUCACUGCAGGCUCACGCGGCGGUGGCCACUGAUCCGCUGCCGAGCAGAGCUCACGUGGCAAAGGAGACCGAUCCUCCACCGCCUCACGUUGCUGUCCAGGAGGUGGCGACGUCUCCGCAGCCGCUUCUCGUCCGUGUCCAGGAGUACCAGUGGCAACCGGUCUGCAGUCGCUCCACGCUCCUGCUUCGUCGGUGUUCGGUCCGCGGUCGCCCCCCCAUUCCUGCUCCGAAGGCGACUGGCACGCCCACACGUUCCCGUCCAGGAGGUGGCGAUGACGAUGCCCCAGCCGCCUCAUGUUGCUGUCCAGCAGAUGGCGGCAAGGGUUCCCCAGCCGCCUCAUGUUCCUGUCCAGCAGACGGCAGCGAGGGUUCCCCAGCCGCCUCACAUUCCUGUCCAGAAGUACCGGUGGCGACCGUCAACGCUCCUGCUUCGUCGGCGACCGGCCCCCGGCCGCCCCCCGUUCCUGCUUCGUCGGCGACCGGCCCCCGGCCGCCCCCCGUUCCUGCCUCGUCGGCGACUAGCACACGGUUGCCCCCCGUUCCUGCCUCGACGGCAACAGAGGAUGGCGACGGCUCAGUGGCAUCCUCACGUUCCUGUCCAGUAGAUGGCGACGGACCCACAAUCGGUGACAUUACACGUCUCAAGUGCCACUUUCGACAACUGGGGAUCUGACCACCUGCUUCCAGAGGGGGUGCUCGGUAAACCGCAUCUAGACCAGCGAAAACAUCCAUUUCAUUUGUCAUAACUUUCUACUACAUACUUAUUCAGAACAGACCUUUCUCCAACCUCCAUGAUGUUAAAAAGACAUUUUGUAGUUUUUCACUUUUACUCAAGUCCAGGAGUAGAACCAGUACAUCCAUCCAUUCAGGCAUUUUCUAAGCUGCUUAUGCUCACAAGGGCCGCAGGAGGCAGGGGCACACCUUGAACUGGAUGCCAGCCAAUCGCAGGGCGCAUGGAGACAGUCAACAAUCACACCUCAGGGCUAUUUAGUCUCCAAUUAAUGUUGCAUGUUUUUGGGAUGUGUGAGAAAACCCACACAGGACACAUGUAGUAUCUGUACUUCUAAUUAAGUAUGAAGUGGAAGCACCUUUUCCACCUCUCUUGGUCUUCAACAUCAAAGGUGAGUUACGUUUGGUUCAUUACUGUCUGGAAGAUGGAAAAAUCAUAGCCAGCAUCAUGACCUGUCCUCUCUCUUGCACUGAGCCUGAUUUAAUUUUUUGUUGUUUCUAUAUGUGACCUUUCUUUUGGUUUCUUUUUUCUGGUGCUUUCUCUCUUGCUGGAUAUACUGUAGUGUUGCUUAGCAACUUGUGAUGCAUCAGCCACCUUACUAGAUGUCAGCUCAGUCAGCAUCAAAGGAUUAACUCUGCUUGUGUUUUUGAUUUUUCCUUUGGGUUUUUACACCACUUAUACUAAAAGGGAACGGUUGGCUGGCAACUAAUCCAAGGCGUACACCUCCUCCUGCUCAAAAAUAGCUGGAAUAGGCUCCAGCAGUCCCACGGGCCUUGUGAGGAUAAGCGGCUCAGAAAAUGGAUGGGUGGAUAUACUGGAAAGACAUUGAGACGACUCAAAGAAUAUCGACUGGAAGUUAUUGCGAAUGAAGCGGACUCACAGACUCCGUAGAAAACACUCUAGUCUUAUUUUGUCCAACCUUAUCAACUGUUUUAGUCUCAUGAUAUCUGGAGCUCAUUGCCACUAGUCAAUGGGACAAUUGCGCUAGAGGUUUUGGCUCUGGCACCAGCGGAUUACUGGGAGGUGUGGACUUUUUUUUUGUCAUUGCAAGUUAUUUAAGAAAAAUUGUCAUCUUCCGUUUCGGUUUUAUUGUCAUGACAAGAUUCUAAAACAGUAUAAAGUUUUAGUUAGUUAGUUGCAUGCUUAUUUAUUUUGUUUUAUUUUUUAAUUUAUUUAUUUCAAACAAAUGCUCUUCCGUGACAGGUGUUUUGCAUUUGAGUCCGUUGAUGACGUUUGCAAGACAGUACUGAUAAUAAUGUAAUGCCAUAUCAAAAUCUCAG